AUGAUAAAAAGAGUAUUAGGAGGUAGUCAUAAUAAUAGUAAUAAUAAUAAUAGUUUAGAGAUGAACAACAAUAAUAAUAAUAAUAAUACAAUAGAUAGUAGUAGUACUAGUACAUUUGAUGAAGCUGUACCAUUAUCACCGUCGUCACAGUCAUCAUUAUCAUCAACGCAACAACAAGAAAAAGGAUCAAAAUCAAAACCAAGUCCACUUGGAGAUAAAGAAGCAUUGGUUGCACAAAUAGCAUACACAGCAAUACAUAUUGUAAUCUACUUUGUAUUGAUGUUUAGAGAAGGCACUGAUUUGAAUGUAGCCAUUUUCAAACAUUUCGAUGCAUUUUAUCUCAUUUGGUCACAUGCAAUAUUCAUCAUUACAUUUUACACUUAUUUUAAAUGCGCCUAUACAGUUCCUGGUUUCAUUGGUGAUAAUACUAUAAAAGGUGAAAUUUCAAUUGAUUCAAUUAAUGGAAUUAGAGGAAACAUUAAUAAUCAUAAUAUAAAUCAUAAUAAUAAUAAUAACUCAACUACAACUAUAACAACUACGACAAAUAAUAUUGAAGAAAUGGAUGAAAUUGAUAAAUUAUUGGAUAAACAAGAAAAUCAAGAUAAAAGAGAUCAAUUAUAUUAUUGUAAAAUUUGUGAUCAUAUGAUUCCUAUUAGAGCAAAACAUUGUAGUAAAUGUAAUAGAUGUGCAAUAACAGGAUUUAAAAAUGAAGCAACUUGGACAGAUUGGAUUAAAUCAAAUAUAUUUAUAUUCAUACCUACAAUGUUGAUAUUCUCGACAAUGUUUAUGCCAAUUGGUUUAUUUGUAUUUCAUACGUAUUUAAUUUUCACAGACCAGUCUUCGUGGGAGGUAACAAAGCGAUCAAGAAUUAGUUAUCUAAAGUCAAUCAGUGGUGUAAGAUAUCCUUUUAGUCAAGGUAUUAAAAAGAAUAUCGUUGCUCAUUGGAAUCAAAAUUUUGGAGUCUAUCGAUGGUCACUACCAUCUGACGAAAGAUUAAAAGAAUUGAAAAAGCGAAAAGAAAACUCUUUUAAUUUAUGGAAUAAUAAAUAUUACUCUUGUUGCUAA